AUUGCAAAAGAGAUGAAAAAAUAUAUUCGUCGGACAUCUACUCACAUGACGGUCUGAAGCAAAAGACACUCAAUUCUUUCCUAUUCUUAACUAGUAAAAGAAUGUAGUACUCCGUAGGAGAUGCUGUGACCGCACUUUGUGCAAUGAACGAGUCGAUAUGUAUGGGCCAUGGAUUUAUUUAGUCGAUGCUGCCAUGGUCCUUCUCUUCUCAGUAUCCUUUUCCGUUCCUAUCAAUCCAAGCUUCCGGGCAACCGCUAAUCUGAGAAACUACGCUGUCAUCAAGUACCACGUGUCAAACCGUCGACACGCCACGCGUCAGCAUCCUAUACAGGCUAAUGCUCCAUGUGUUGCAACACGUGUUCCGUCUCCUCUAUAAGUGCCCGCCACUACGGAUGCACAUCCACUUCUAAACUUCUCCUACCAUCCGAGAAACCACGCUCUCACUACCUACGAAUAAUGUACUCUGCGGAUGUACGUCCACUUCCAAACCUCUCUUACUCGUAAAUUUAUGCGCCGGCCAAUACUCCCGUCGAUCCUCGCGCGCGCACCAGGACCGGCUGGUUCAUCAUCGUCUCCGAUGGCGCCGCGGAUUAACCUGCAGCCCAGACGCCGGCGUCUACUCUCUCUCCCCGCGGUGUGCCCGUGCGAGGGCAUCGCGCCGGAGCCGCUGCUCGCGUCCCUCGUCUCCCUCGCGGCCGACGUGGCGAGCCGCAGGGGCGCAUCCGGCGACUUCCCCGUGCUCAGGCGCGGCGCGCGCCAGGCCGUGCGCAUCGCAGGCCUCCUGCUCGCCUUCCUCGAGGAACUCACGCCGACGGCGGCGGUGCCUUCCUCCGCCGGGCUCGCCCUCACGGAGCUGCACGUGGCCAUGCAGAAGUUAAGAUUCCUGCUCACGGACUGCGAGCACCGGGGCGCGCGCCUGUGGUUGCUCGUGAACGCCGGGCUGGCAGCGUCCGAGCUCAGGCUGGCUCUCGGGUCCGUGGCCGCGGCCAUGGACGCGCUGCCGAGGAGCGUCGUGGAGGGCGCGUCCGUGGAGGCCGGAGAGCUCGCGCGGCUGGUGUCGGAUCAGGCGUGGCGCGCGGUGGUGCGGCCCGACGCCGGCGACGAGCUAGCGAUGCGGAGCGUGCGGUCUAUCAUGGACCAGUUCAGGCACGGCGGCCCGCCGGAGGCCGAGGACGCGAUGCGUGUGCUCAGCCGGAUCGGGGUCGGAAGCUGGCUCGAGUGCUCCGAGGAGAUCGCUUUCCUGGACAGCGAGCUCACCGCGCGGUUGGAUGACGCCCGGGACGGGAACAGCUACAGCAGCGACGUCGUGCUCAUCAACAACCUGAUGGCGUUCAUGGUGUACUGCCGCGUGGUGCUGUUCGACCGCAUUGACGCGGAUCAGAAGGCGGAUCCAGUGCGGCCGGCUGCGGCGUGGUGUCCGGAGUGGAUCAGGCCGGAGACGCUGCAGUGUCCGAUCACGCUGGAGCUCAUGACCGACCCGGUGACCGUGUCGACCGGCCAGACUUACGACCGCGCGUCCAUCACCCGGUGGAUCAAGGCCGGGUGCCGCACCUGCCCUGUCACCGGCGAGAGGCUCCGCACCACCGACCUCGUCCCCAACGCCGCACUGCGAGGCAUCAUCGAGCGGAUGCUGCUCAGCAACGGCGUCUCGCUUCCUGACCAGAGCUCAAGCGCCAGGCACCAAAACCAUGGCGACGUCGCCAGCCCAGCGGUGCCAUCAUUCAGCGCGUCGGCGGCCGCCGCCGCGGAGCUCGCGGUCGCCCACGUCGUGGCGCAGUUCAAGAGGGGGUCAACGGAGGAGCGGCGGAAGGCGACGUGCGAGGCCCGGAGGCUCUCCAAGCACAGCUUGUACUACCGCGCGCGCUUCGUGGAGGCCAACGCCGUGCCGUGGCUGCUGUGCCUGCUCGCCACCACGGACGCGGCCGUGCAGGACAAUGCCGUGGCGUCGCUCCUCAACCUCUCCAAGCACCCCGGUGGCCGCGCGGCGCUCGUCGAGGCCGGCGGCAUCGGCCUCGUGGUCGACGUCAUCACCGUCGUCGGCGCCAAGGCCGAGACCCAGCAGAACGCCGUGGCCAUUCUCUUCUACCUCUCGUCCAACGCCGAGUACGCCGAGGAGAUCGGCCGCUUCCCGGAAGCCAUCCCGAAGCUGGUGGAGCUCAUCCGGGCCGGGAGCACGCAUCGGGGGCGGAAGAACGCCAUGGUCAGCCUCUACGGGCUGCUCCAGUGCCCGGACAACCACGCCAAGGCCGUCGAUGCCGGCGCCGUGGCGGUGCUCGCCAGCCUGCUUUCAGGCGACCAUGAAGAGGACCUAGCCGGCGACACGGUCUCGCUGCUGGCGAGGAUCGCCGAGCAGCCGGCGGGCGCGCAGGCCGUACUGGCGUGCCCGGGGCUGGUUCCUCGCCUCGUCGAGUUCCUGGCCGCGUCGGCGUCUCGGUCCGGGAAGGACCACUGCGUGGGGCUGCUUGUCUCGCUGUGCCGGCACGGCGGGGAUAAGGUGGUCGCUCUGCUGGGCAAGAUGCCGGGCCUGAUGGCGUCUCUGUACUCGCUCGUCGCAGAAGGCAGCCCGCUGACGAUCAAGAAGGCGCGGGCGCUGUUGAACGUGAUCCACCGGCAAUACGAGCUGUCCAGGCCGUCAUCCUCGCCACCGGCCCCGGUGCCGGCGCCGGACGCCGGUGACCGUGUCAUUCGCGCUCUAUAGCGUUCCACAAGACCUCUUGUAAGUACAGCGUGAUAGAUAGAUAGAUAAAUCGAUAGGUACGACACCAUGUUUGCUUCGAUCUUAGCUCGCGUUUUGGAAGAGCUUGGAUCGAAUUUUGCUUCUCUUUCUCUCAUCUCUUUUCGCCAUACUUAUGGCAAUACGUCGCGAUUGCGGUACACAUGCAUACACAGAUUGGAGUUGAUGUUGGUUGUACAUAUCCGUGUCAUUGUGUCAAGUUGCUCGUGUGUUCACUGUGAUGAUUUGAAUGCAUGAUGGCUGAUGGAUGAGGAUAGUUAUGGCGGAAACGAAUUGAUGGGUCACUGUAAUUCACUACUCCCUCCGUCCAUUAUAAAAGUAAACAUCGUGGUGUUACUGAAUGUCAAA